AUGGAUCCCCCAUAUCGAUAUCUGACUGUUCGACACGAGGAACGUCUCAUCAAUGGGACUCUUCCUGACCUCCUUCCUGGCGAGGCCGUGUUUCGAUCUCAUUCCCAGCCCUCACUACAGGGUGGCGCCCACACCAUCAAUGUCAGUCAAGAGCUCGAUGCAACGCCCGCUCCAAAGGAAGACAAGAGGAGGGUCAAGGAAGUUGGGACAGAAUCAUCACGAGACUUUGAAGUUGUCGCUCCUCACUUUCGCCUACCAGCCUCCAGCCUUGACUUUGUAUCCCCAACACCGGGCCACGGCGCGCUGCCCAAGACGCUGCCUCAUGUCGUCCUGAAGGAUCCUGAUUUCCCGUGGAAGUGGGCGACAAGCAGGACUAGCACCACUUCCACAGUUGAUGAGCAGAAAGGACGUAUUCCGUGGGUAGCUCUCAUCACCUUCACAGCCGAAGAGCUUCAGGUCGAUCCGACGAUCCUUGAAAGCAUCACCAAGUUCUCUGGCGUCGAGGCGAACGAGAAUCUAGGCUUCAGCUUUCCUGUCGCUCAGAUCGGCGAUAUAAAAAGCAGUAUGAGGGACAAUGACAGCGUAACCAACCUCAUGAUGAGUCCAGACGCCCGGGAAGUCAAGGAUAACACGGCAGCUAUCUGCAUCCCCGGGGAGCUGUUUGGGCAGCUCUUUGCUGAUGAGAACGGGGUCUGUCAGGUUGAUCAAUUUCAGUACCUCUCACAUGUUCGAAAGGUGGCUACUGAUGGUAUGACAUCGCCUGUUGAUGGCGAAUCCAGUCUGUAUAGCAUCAUUGUCUCUCACCGCACCGGUCCGCUCGACACGACAGUGCCUGUGCCCAUGUUUGCUCACCUCGUGUCUAUCGAGAACCUUGAGAACCUUGACAUGACCAAAGUCAAGCCUCAUGUGCUCAUGACAAGCUUGUACAGCUGGUCGUACACUUCACUUCCUGCAGGCUCCUCCAAUGAGAUGACGGCACAGAGAAUUUUCGACAAGUCUGGUCUUCAACUUUUACACUCUACACCAACGCAAGGAACUUCACAUUCGAAGGGUGCAGGGAGCCGCACCUCAAUAGAAGAUGUUAUCGCAAAACGGCAACAAGACGGCUAUACCCUCGUGCGAUACAGAACCGUCAUAGGCGAACUGACAGCCGCCAUCUACCGUGGACCUCUGGUACCGACCCCAGUCGAGUACAACGUCAAGCCUCAGAGCAACCUUGGCUCUGAUCUUCAAAUCUUGGAUCCGGACCUUUCGCUCAUGGACCUCUCAUAUUCCUCGGCCUGGCAGCUUGGCAAAAGUCUAGGGCUGGGCGACGCUGCCUUUACUGCUGCCCUCUCACGCAUCCGAGCCCUUAUCCAGAGCAAGGCGGUGGAUGGGGGCAAGAAGGAUGUUGAUCGUCAUCUGGGAGCGUACAAGUCUCGUGAUGAUGCGAUGGCCGGCAUUGGCCGCCUCGUGUCAGGGCUAGGCGACAUCAACGAUCAUCUCCAUGCCAAGCAAUCAACGACUCCAUCAAAAAACCGUUGGAAGAGAGAUUCUGUCCCAGAAGUUGUGUCUGAGAAAGGCGCAUCUUACCAAAGCCACGAGGUACCCAACAACACCGACUUCCAGCAAGUCUACAACUGGGUUCUUGACAGAUUGCACCUUGCUCAUAUUCCGGCACACUACCUUAUUCCAGACACGCCUUACCUGCCACCUGAGUCGCUUCGCUUCUUCUACAUUGAUGAGAACUGGACGCGGGCCAUGGUAGACGGUGCUUUGAGUCUGGGAAGCAACUGGGUGGGUGAGCUAGAUCGUGACUACGCCCGAACUGCACUCAAGAACAGCAUCGAUGCUUGUCUGGCCACGCCACGCGAAAAGCUUGGCUACUGUCAGCAAAUGCCCAAAUACGGCUUUCUGCUACGCUCUCAAGUGCUGGUGCAGUUCCCUGACCUGAAGGUGAAGGCAACAUUUGCAAGGGAAAACAGUACAGGUGAAGAUGAAAGCAUGCCCAAGGCCCCAAUCUUGGUGCAGCGAAUGUUAGAGUCGGAUGUUUUGCUUUGUUUGUUCAACCAGACUCCGCCAGAGCUGGAAUCUAUCGAGCUCACACUCCCACCGCAUCAACAAACCUUUGCCGUCGGUGAAGACAUUACGCCCUCGGAGCUGAAGGUGGCAUUUCGCAAGACUGUUGCAACUCAAAAACCAUCAACUGAAUGGCCGUCAAGGCAGGAUGCUAUAGCGAGGGAGACAUACUCAGCGCCGAGCUGUCCGGUAUUCGACUGGCCGUCGCGGACAUUGAGAGCGACUGAGUAUGCGAGGAGAGCGUUUGAGCAUCAGAGAGAUACAGAAACGAAGACGCCAGGCUGCUUUGAGGAAACAGCACCGACAUCAGCAUUGCUGGUACUGCAACUCAACGAAACCCCGUAUACGCUCAAGAUUGCCGUGAAGCGAGAAGAUGACCCCAAAAAGGAUGCGAGUAACAAGUCUAUCACUGAGGUUCAACGCAACCGGAAUAAACUUUGGCCAUACGGGGCUCUCCCCCUGGGUGAGCUUCCCAGCGCCCCUGAGCCACCAAUUUUACCCGACUAG